AUGCAGCUUAACGAGCUCAAUGCGCUGGAGACGCUGAAAAACCUGACGUCGGAGAUCGAGAGCAAGGAGAACCUGUCGGGGGAGGAAAUUGAAGCCGUCACGGAUUUCUUGGGUCCCCUGCUAGAUGCCUUCCUCAACGGCCUGCAGGACGGCCAGGGGGAUUCAGUCGGCCCGUUGGAGUUUCUCCAGAGUCUGACCGUAGCUGUGGACCUCACCCUGGAUGCCUUCGAAGGGUGGCUGAAUAUCACGGAGGGGACCCGGAGCGAGACGUUCUCCUCACUGACUGAAACGAUGGCAAAGGCGGGACUGGAAAUUGCCUACUUUCUGUUCAAUCAUCACGACGAAGAGCUGGCUUUCCACAUGUCCAAGAAACACCUUGUGGUGGAAGCCUGGGGGAAGCAGAAGAACUCGGGUUCCUUCGUCUUCCCUAACGGGGGGGGCCACACCUAUGCCGAACUCCCAGAUGGUUUCCAGGAUCAACUGGGGGGAGGAGAUCACUAUUUCGUCAUCGGUGUCCUCUAUGACGUUGAGGACUUGAAUUCCCUCCUACCCUCAGAUAACUCCUCAUUCGGUGAGGAGAUGAAGACGAACUCGUGGUUACUCAGUCUCGCUGUGAGACACGAUCAGCAGCUGCAACUGGAGAAGCCCUUGCAGCUCACAUUCAUGAACGAGGAACCACCGAGAGUUCCACCUUAUCGGAAGGGCUGGUGGGAAAUCCACGAGGGGGAAAGUCCGACCUUCAUGUCUCAAAGUCAUCUGUGUACCUUCUGGAACAUGCAAGAUGAGCGUUGGGACGAUGAGGGAUGUAGAAUGGUUUCAACGGGCAGGGAUCAAACGAUCUGCGAGUGCUCCCAUCUCACCAACUUCGCGGUCCUCAUAGACAUCAACGCACAAGCUCCGAACGAGACAAGCACAUUGGAGACGUUGAAGAACUUGACGUCUUGGAUCGAAAACGAAGUGGAACUGUCGGGGGAGGAAAUUCAAAACAUAGUUAAUUCAUUGGCUGAGCUGUUGGAUGACUUCCUCGUCGACCUACAAAACGGCCAGGUGGACCCAUCCGACCCGAAGGAGUUCCUUCUGAUUCUGACCAAAGCUGUGGACCUCACCUUAGAUGCUUUCCAAGGAUGGCUGAAUAUAACGAAGGGGGUCCGGAGCGAGACGUUCUCCUCACUUACGGAGACACUGGCAAAGGCGGGACUGGAGAUUGUUUUUUCCAUGUUCGACGGGUUUGACGAAGAACUAGCUUUCAACGUGUCCAGGGAUCAUCUUGUGGUGGAAGCCACGAGGAAGCCGAUGAACUCCUCGGAUUCCGUCGUUUUCCCUAAAGAGAGGGGGCACACGUACGCGGAGCUCCCGGCUGGUUUCCAGAAUCAACUGGGGGGAGGAGAUCACUAUUUCGUCGUCGGUGUCCUCUACGACGUUGAAGACUUGAAUUCCCUCCUACCCUCAGAUAACACCUCUGAGCUGCUCCAGGCAGGGGAGGCGUAUUCUAGCACUGGGACGAUGUACGAGGACCAAACAGCAAGUAAAUCUUCACGCGGCGCUCCAAAGGAUUUUAAGAUCUUGAGCAUGAACAAUCGUCUUGAUGCCUUGGCUACGAUCGCCUUGGUGUUUGCGUUCAAGUGGAUCGUCCUGGAUCCACACACCCAAAAUGCGAAUGCAGGUCUCUUUCGCCAAAACAUGGCCUACAAUAUGGAGGGUAUGAUGGAUGGGGAGGGACUUGCCUCCUUCGUGUCUUGUCCAGCAAUUUCAGUGAUGUGCGAAAAGGUGGAGGCUGGUCGGGGCAUUCCGCAAAUGGACUUAACUCUGUUGUGCCACUUCUUUGGGUCAGACGUCCGAAGUAGGCGGAUCUUGGUCUGA